UCGAGAGAGGAGAACAGGGAGGAAACCGGAGAGACAAGAACGGGGAGAAAAAGCGCUCGUGUGUGAACAGUUCGUGCGUUCUCUUCUACGCGAUGCAUUUUUUAUAUUUUAUAAACAAUAUCUAUAUAGAUCGUAUUUGACCCGCUUUGGGUUUAGUAAUAGAUCCGACGUUCAUAUCGGAUCUCGGUUACAGAUCUCAGAGUUAAAAACACGCAAAACAUCUUAAAAGAGGAGUAUAUUCACGUGGAACAAUCAGACACGCGUCGAGGUUGUGUGUGCGCGCGCGUGUGUGAGAGUUGUGUUUUUUUUUCUUUUGGGCCGCUCGAGCUCGAAUGGAGCAGCACGCAGAGGCGCGAGGCUGCACCGGUCACGGAUCGCGAUCCCGGUGUUCCGAGCUCGUGCACAACGAGCACUGCAUGCAUCUGUCCAUCCAGUCAACGACCGGCACGCGCUUCGAGCUGUCCCUCCCCGCGGAGGAGACGGUGGAAGGGCUGAAGAGGAGGCUGUCGCAAAAGCUCCGGGUGUCCAAAGACAGGCUCGCGCUCCUGCACAAAGACACGAGGCUAAGCUCAGGGCGGCUCCAGGAUUUUGGGGUUACAGACGGGAGUAAAUUGACCCUCGUGCCCUCGGUGGAGGCAGGAUUAAUGUCUCAGGUCUCCAAACCAGAGCAGUCCAUCAUGCAAGCGCUGGAGAGUUUGACCGAAACUCAGGUUGGUGACUUCCUAUCAGGUCGGUCUCCGCUGACACUUGCUCUUCGCGUCGGGGAUCACAUGAUGUUCGUGCAGCUGCAACUUGCCGCGCAAAACUCGGGCAAUCAACAGUGUACCGCUCGGGCUCCUUCGAGCACAACCAGGACCCCCACAGUGCCCUGUGGGGGCACCAGUGAGCCCCCUCACACCCACACCUCUGCCCACAACACCCAGAGGGCGUCAGCUGGACACCACGUCCACCACGCUCAGCAAGCUCACCAUGCUCACCAGUCACCCCCCUCCAGUCCUACACUUUCCCCCGGAUCUCUCCAUUAUCCUCACCUGGCCACAGGGGCCUGUAGUCCAGCCCCCAGAGCAGCCACACCUUUCCAGCAGGGUGAGGGUGGUUCCUCAAGUGGAAAUGAAAGCAGCAGCUCCUGGCCCAGUCGCAAACCAGGUGCUGUAAUCGAAAGCUUUGUGAACCAUGCUCCUGGUGUUUUCUCUGGAACCUUCUCAGGCACCCUUCACCCGAACUGUCAGGACAGCAGCGGGCGUCCACGCCGUGACAUAAGCACCAUACUGCAGAUUCUCAAUGACCUACUGAGUGCUACUCGCCACUACCAGGGCACACCCCCCACUCUGACCCAGCUCCGCUGCAACGCUCAGACCCCUGUGUCUCCCCGAGCGACGACACCUGCUUCGCCAUGCCCACCUCCUUCACCCUCUGCCAUGGAGCUUCCAUCAGCACCCAUGUCACCAUUAUUAUCCUCACCUACCUCACCUACCUCAGACAGACUGGCACUGAACCAUAGCCGCAUCAGCAAACCAAUGGGUGAGCCGUCUAGACAUUCAGAGAACAGGGCGACGCGCUGUAAAGUGGAGCGUUUGCAGUUGUUGCUGCAGCAGAGGAGACUCCGCAGGCGGGCGAGGAGAGAACCCCGGGCUCCAUACCACUGGAUUAGCGAGCGCAAAGCCACCCGUAGCCACAGCAACAGCAGCCUGAGCAGCGACGGCUCCAUCGACUUGGACUACGACGAGGCACUCUGGAAAAACGAAGUCCAGACCGACAUCGGCUCGGAGUUCGUCGUUGCCUGAUUGAGCAGCCCAAUGCGAAGAACGAGAAGAUUUUACAAGUGGCCAGAGGAGAAGGGAUUUCCUUUCAGAAUGGUGUGUAAUGCUGGAGUGUUUUGUUUUUUUUUAUUUUUUUUUAUUUACCGUUCAAUUUGAAACACUGAGUUGCAUUCGGAAGAGUACUGAAGCGUGAGCGGCGAACCGAGUGAGCAUCUCCCUGGACUCUGGAUACACAAGAUGGACUAAAUUCAGUGGUCCGAAACAUUUUCACUCGAUUUGCUCAUUCGAUCGUCUUUAAAUAUGGUGGUGGUUCGAGUUGUUGUUACAAAAAUGCGUCAUGUAGCAUUACGAAGCAAGAAAUUCAGGUGUAUCUCUGGUUUAUAACAUUUUGCACACUUCUUGACCUGUGAGCAUUAAGGUUUCUUUAUGGUUUUCAUUUUUUUUGAUACUCCACUUGAUUCAGCGAACUCCAGUUCAAAACAACACAAAUCCACAAAGCAUUUAUAACAGACACGAUGAUUUCUUGUUCACACUUGUAUCUGUAACUGCAUCCACUGGUUAAAGUAUUAAGUUCGUAUCACAGUGCCUCGGUUUAUACUUUAUCUUAUUGAAGCAUAAAACCUGGAACACAUCUGGAGGUUUUUUUGUUCAGAGGGUUUUUUUUUUUUGCUGCUACGAAGGAUGACGUGUGAAAGCGAGCAGUCUUGCUUGGUCAUCCAUCUCAUUAUAACCUGAUUCUGCCAGAGGGAUGCAGUGGGAUCAUGCACAGUUUGGCUCUGUAGCACCGUUUUACAAGCUGAUUCGAAAAGCGAAAAGACUUUUUUUUUUUCUGUAGUGUAUUAGGUUUAAUGUUACCUGCUGUUACGCCCAUGGAGACGAAAAAAUAUAACGUCGGACUUCUUUUCCACUAUGGACCGUUCCUGUCUCAACAUUUUGUUCGAUUUGAGAAAACUGGAAGUGAGACAUGGUUACAAACAUGGAUGGACCUUGUGUACAGUGGCCUUAUCUACCUUAAAAAAAAAGGAAAUAAGCGAAAAGUGCAGGCACUGGAAACUCUGGAUGCUUGAUGUGUAUUGUGAUUUUUCCUUUUAUUUUUUAAACUAAGGACACGCCAUUUGAGCAUUAGUGAACGGCCCCUGUGCCUCAACAACGUGCCUGAGACAAAAAAAAAACGGAACAUGGACGUUAAAUUUUCCUCGUCUGAAAAGUCACUGCUUUCUCAGCUGAAAAACAGAACAAUACAUGCUCUGUUUUUUUUUUCUUCUUCUGUCUCUUUUUUUUUUUUUUCCCUCUUCAUUACGAUGUGUAACGUCUGUCCUGUGUAUCUCUUGUGCAUCUUUCGUCGCGUGUACACACUGUCUUUCGUUCUUGAAACCAGAAAUUUACGUAAAAUAUGUAGAUAUAAAUAUAUAAAAUAAUUCUACAAAAGAGGAACAGGUCCAAAUAAACCAAUAUCACCCUGUAAACAUGCACAUAACAUGUCACGAUGUGUACGUCUUCUGUUUCAGCACCAAGUUCUCACAAAUAUUGUUACCUGGAUGCAUGGGAUAUGAUCUACAGUAAUUUAUUUAAGGUUGAAUUGAAUAUACGAGUAGUUCAUAGGGGAAAAAUAUACGCGUUUGGUUGGGAUGUUGUUUUUUUUUAAAGUUGACGAUGGUAGUUUUUUUUUUUUGUUUGUUUUUUUUUGUCAAUGCUGUGGUUUUUUUUUUUUGCUUUUUUUUUUCGUUGCCUGUACUGUCUUGUGAUCUCACAGGUGAGGAGCCUUUGCUUGUGUAGCACAUUUUUAUACCCGUUUUUAAUUUAUAAUGCCGAUCUCACAACUGUGAAAAAAACCUUCUCUGAUGUAGUUUUUCUCGUCACCUCUUUCAUUUGUUUGUUUUUGUAUGUUGUUUAACUUUCUUUUCCUCUUUAUUUCGUGUAUUUAGUCAAAAAAUGAAACCUUGGCAUUGUAAAAGAGGGAAACAACUAAAAACAACUGGUUUUCUUUGUUCAUAAGCAAUACAUUUCAGUGUGGCUUGCUGUAGAGUUUUUUUUCUUUCCCUUUUUAGGUAAUAAAUUUUAAUUUUAAUUGCAA